AGGGACCAAUGGCUGCGGCCACAGCUACCGCGCUGGAAUCCUGGCAGGCCGCGGCUCCGCGGAAGAGGCGCUCGGCGGCUCGAAGGCUGCGGCGGAGGGAGGCGGCGCCCCGGGGUCCCGAGGCGGAGUUCGAGUCUGACAGCGGAGUCGUGCUUCGUCGCAUCUGGGAGGCUGAGAAGGACCUGUUUAUCUCUGAUUUCUGGAGUUCAGCACUAGAAACCAUCAAUAGAUGUCUCACAAAACAUCUGGAACAGCUGAAGGCCCCUGUGGGGUCUCUUUCUGACAUCUUUGGAAACCUGCAUCUUGACUCAUUGCCAGAUGAGUCAGAUGUGGCCCCUGAUUCUAUCCCAAGAGAGACCCUGGUCACAGGAACGUGCCAUUUGAAGUGUGUGUGUUACGGCAUUGGGAACUUUGCCACCUGCAUCAUAGCUAGAAACCAGCUAACGUUUUUGCUGCUUUUGUUGGAAAAGUGCCAGAUUCCCAGAAGUCACUGUUGGGUGUAUGACCCUCUGUUUAGCCAACUUGAAAUUGAAGUACUGAACACCCUUGGUGUGACUGUUCUCAGUGAGAAUGAGGAAGGGAAACGGAGUAUUCGCGGGGAGCCUACCAUCUUUUACAUGCUCCAUUGUGGGACGGCCUUGUACAACAAUCUUUUAUGGAGUAAUUGGUCAGUAGAUGCCCUUUCUAAGAUGGUCAUCAUUGGGAACAGUUUCAAAGGACUUGAGGAGAGGUUGUUGGCAAGGAUUCUGCAGAAAAAUUAUCCCUACAUUGCAAAGAUUUUAAAAGGACUGGAGGAGCUUGAGUUUCCUCAGACUUCACAAUACAUGGACAUAUUUAAUGACACCUCUGUCCACUGGUUCCCCGUGCAAAAGCUAGAACAGCUCUCCACAGAUAUUUGGGAGUUUCAGGAAGAACCAGAUUAUCAGGACUGUGAGGACCUUGAAAUCAUCAGGAACAAGACAGAAGAUCCUUCCACUACCGACUGAACUCACUGUGAGGUACUCAGUGUUGGCUGAGGUAGAAGCUGCCACCGGAGACUAAAGGGAAGGCUGCCAUGGAGGAACUACAGAGAACUCCUUUGCCAGGAAAGAACAUCAACUUGGCUGUCUUGUUUUGAGGACGAUACCCCCCAUGAGGACUUGGUAUAAAGAUUCCUGCACUGCUAAGUGGCAUUGUCCCGCUUUACAUCCUUCCCUCGUGACCUGGCCCAAUGUGGAGUAGCUCCCGAGUAAAGAAGUUACGCUUUUGAAGGUGA